UGUUAAUCGCAAAUUGCCUGAAAGUAAUAUCAGAAUAAAUAAUAAUUUUAAUUUGGGGAAGAAAGCUAUGCCACAUGGAAAGAAUGAAACGAUUGAGGAGAUAUCGAAAAUUCCUUCAGAUGAACAUAGUGCUUCAAUAACACGAAGAAAUACUGCUGAACGUAUUAGUGUAUUUAGUUGGAAAGAUGAUAGUUGUUUCAGUGUUUCAGAAAAUACAAAAUCUAGAGAUUUUAGACGAAAACGUUAUAAACGACAGAAAGGUGAAUAUACAGUUGCUAAAGAUCCAACACCAGAAGCAUUACGUGAAUUGAUAGGUCCACCACAAGAUCAUGAUAAUGAAAAUGUUAACGGUUAUAUUAACACUAAAGAAAAUAAGAAGCAAUAACUAACCAACCGAAAAUGGAACUUCAUGAACACUUCAAUCAUACUGACUUUGUUUUCUAGUU